GUAAAAGCCUGUAUUUAAGAUAUUCUCACUAUCAUCUAUAGGUAUUUUAAGAAACUUUUUCGUAUACCAAGGCAAUCGGUUAGGUGAUUGUUUAUAUGUGACUGUUUACAUGAUAAUUAGCUACAUUUUAGUUAUUAUGGUAUUGCAGCUCAUUUACUGUGCCACAUUUGGUAAAUAACAAUAUACUAACUAUAAGGAUGUACUUCAAGUGUAUCACCUAAAAAAUAAACAUCUUUCUCACAAGAUGGAAUAUGUAUCAAUAACACUUCAUAUCUUGCAGGCUAAUUUUGGAAAUGACUCAAACAUCAACCAUGAAAAAAAAACGAAACUAGCAUUUAACGUCUAAUUUUCAAUACUCUGCCUAACCCAUCAUUCCAAAACAAAUUGGUCAUAAUUUUAACCUCUCGUUAAAAAUGACACAUUAGACGUUUAUAUUCAUGUAUUUUAAACGUAGUCCAAUAGUUGCACGCACCUUUGGGAACCUGACCACGUUUCUGAAUGACGGGCCACUGCUAGCAGAUCAUAUCUCAACUAUUCCAUGGCACUUAUUGCCAUAUAAAGCUUACAUAUGGCUCACGUAACGAUUGACUUUAUUUCUUAAACAUGUCUGUUAUAUUUUAUGUCGCCUCGUGCUACUAUAAACAUUAGCCUAUGUGUUGGUCACAGGCUACGCGUGAAGCCUACAAAGAAAAUAUUGCAGUACUUUUUGGGGAUAUUGACACGAUUAUGUUUGUGUUAUGGAGAUUCCAUAGAAAAAAAUAUUUAAAUGUGAUUUCACUAAGAUGUGUUGCAUCAAAUAAGGCAAAGUAAAUACGACAGCUGUCAAACACCCAAACACGCCCUCUUUUAACGCAUAAAGAUGAAUUAACUUAAUUGAAUAUAAUAAAAUCAAAUCCACGUUCAUAAAAGCAUACGGUUCUUCCAUUAACAGUUUUACUGCAAAAUGGAGGCUAUGUAACUACGUGCCCCUUUAUUGUUCUCUCCCAUUAUCACGUGACUGUGUCGUCCAAUCCUGUCUCGGGCACGGUUCAACUUAUCCGAGGUCUGUAGUUCACAGCGAAGUCAAGUAGUUACUAGAAUUGCACAUUUGCACAGAUUGCGCUUUUGUGGCCAUUUGGUGGUGAAGGUGGGUGCGGACGGCAGGGUCGCGCGCCUGUGCCUUGUUGUUUUGUUAUGUCGACGCUGGGCACCCUGGGUUAUUACGCUGACUCGCGCAUUCCACACGAGGAUGACGAUGAUGAUGAUCAUCACCCUCUGGCCCCGAGCUUCUCCACAGCGCCAGUUCUCCAACACGCUCGAGAGCUGACAUUGUGCGACUAUGGCGAUCAGGACUCCUAUCCUUUUCAGGCCAGGUCGACAAUCUUCGGCGCCUCGUGGAGCCCCGUGCCCGUGCAGCCGCCGGGGAGCGCAUCCGUUGCUUACCAGCCAUACGUACAUCACCCGUGUCCUACGGCUGAGCCGGAGGCAGCGUGCGCGCGCUCCUGGGCUCCUGAAUCGUUGUCCGCCUCUCUUCCCUUUGCGGGACUACCAACGGAUACGCAGCAGGACAUCAAGCUGGAGCCGCUGCUCCGACAAGGGGAGUGUACGGCGCUCACUGGGGCUGAUGCGGAGAUGCACGAGAAGACCCCUAAGGGAAAGAUGUCGAGCCAGACAGACCCUGCUCAGAUAAUUCACGAAAAAACACCAACAGAUACUAAACCAGACCUGGACCCAAAUAACCCCGCGUCCAACUGGCUACAUGCGAAGUCCGGCCGAAAAAAACGCUGCCCUUAUACUAAGCACCAAACUCUUGAGCUGGAAAAGGAGUUUCUCUUUAACAUGUACCUGUCUCGCGACCGUAGAUACGAAGUGGCAAGACUUCUAAAUCUCACCGAAAGACAAGUCAAAAUUUGGUUCCAAAACCGUAGGAUGAAGAUGAAGAAAUGCAACAAAAAUCGGCCAAAAGACAACUACGAAUAGGAGAAACUGCUGAAUGCACUGCAGUGGUUUGUACCGCUUGUCUUUCCUGUGCACAGAUUUUUUUGGAAACGAUGCAUCCCUUUUUUGUGUGAAGCAACAAAAAGAGAAAUAGAAACAUUUUAAAAAUGUCCUCGGCACAAUCUUCCCAGUUGAGGAUGUGCCUAUGUACUAGUGGCGUCUUGUGUAAGACUGUUCUCAUUUCUUGUGGUUGCUUGUUGUAGGUCUACAUGUUUAAUUUGUGUCCAUUUUCGAGCCUCUUUCAGUUUUGUGGAACUUUUCCAAACUGGCUACUGAUUUCAGGGAUCUGUUCUGAAAUGCUCGAUGUUUAAUAGUGCUGGUUUGCAUGCGUCUCAGUGGCUCUCUUCGCUCACGAUGUUGAUGUUUUAUGUAACUACCUAGAUGUAUUUAAACUACCUAUUUGCAUUAUGAUUAUACGUGUUUCGUCACGACAACAGUGAAUUUUGUAUCGUAAAUAUGCUUGAAAGUUUGGUGACUACAAGAGAAAAGGUGUAUGUACGUCAAAUACCUCAAAUGACCAGAUCAGCUAUUCUCAAAUGACAUGUCAAAAAUAAAGUUCAGUCAAAAAUGUGA